AUGCUCUGGACCUGGAGGGUCUGCGCGGGGCCGCGGGCGCGCGACGCCACCGUUCACGGCCAGGCCGCCUCCGAGAUGGCCUCCGAGCAGUCGGACUCCUCCAGCCCCCCGAAAACCCUGGGCCCCCAGCUCCUCGGCUCGUCGCUGCCCUCGACGGCCCCCAGCAGCACCGAGACGCUGUCCAGGCUGCCCUGGGCCACGGUGGCCCGAGCCUACGGCUGUCUCAAGCUGCCCGUCUCCGAGGCGCGCCAGAUGCAGCUGCUGAGCACCCUGGACCCGCUGAGCACCGGGGACCCGCUGAGCACCGGGGACCUGUACGGGGGCCGUCACCUGCCCGGGAAGUCGUUCUGGGGCGACCAAGAGCCCCUCUCCAAGAUCCCAUUUAAAAUUCUGAAAGGUCAUAAUCAAAUGGUGAGUUCCUGCCAUUUCUGCGUAGAUGACACAAAGAUCCUCAGUGGCUCCUACGACUGCACGGUGAAGCUAUGGGAUGCUGUUGACGGAGUGGUGAUUCGGGAUUUUGAGCAGACGGCCCACGCUCCUGUUUUAGAGUGCAGCGUCACGGCUGACAGCAGAAGAAUCCUUGCAGCUUCCUAUGACAAAACAAUCAGGGUGUGGGACCUUGAGACGGGAACACAGCUGUGGAAUGUCAAGCAUGAAAACUUCAUCGUCUCCUGUAAGUUGUCUCCUGAUGGUAAAUAUGUGGUGUCUGCCCUGGACGUGAAUCAUGGCUUCUGUGUAAUGGAUGCGGUCAACAUCUGCACUGUGUCGCUCGUCAAAGAUCACCACGAAAGGUUGAUAACAGCAUGCUGCUUUGACCACAACAGCCAGAAGAUAGCUUCCGUCUCAUCGGACAGGACCAUCAAGAUUUGGGACCUUAUAUCCCAGGCCACACUGCUCACCAUCACAAAGGCACACGCCAAUUUAAUCUCAAACUGCUGUUUCACCUUCAGUAACCAUUUUCUGUGUACAAGCUCUUGGGAUAAAACCUUAAAAAUAUGGAACGUCCAAACAGGGGAGUUUCGAAAGCAUGGAGCCUGCGUGACUCUGAUGCAAGGCCACCAGGGCUCCGUGAGCUCCUGUCAUUUUGCCAGAGAUGCCUCUUUCGUCGUGUCUGGAAGUUUCGACAAGAGUGUGGCUAUUUGGGAUGUAGGAGAAGGCUGCUGGAAGUUCUCCCUGAAGGGCCAUAAUGAUUGGGUGAUGGAUGUUGCCAUUAGCAACAACAAGAAAUGGGUUUUGUCUGCUUCAAAGGAUAAGACUAUGAGACUAUGGAACAUUGAAAAAAUGGACCAAAUUCCUAUGAUAGUCGACUACAGAAAGGCCCGGAGCUUAACGGUGUCACAGUGUCAAGAAUGCAACAGGCUUUUCUCCAUCUACGAAAGUGACUCCUCUACUGAAGCGUUCACCAAAUGUGGCUUCUGUAGGGUGGAUUCAAGUCCCUUGUCAGCUGAGGCCAUGCCACUGUUAUCAGAAAAGAAGGAGUCUGAGCGACCGGCUGGACGCCGGCGGCUGCGGCGGCGGCGGCGGCACGAGUGCUCGCACUUCUUUAGCACCUUCCAAAGGGCUUUGCUUGGCCCACUCCCAGCAGCCGGGCCCACCGUGCAGUUUAGAACCUUCUGCUCCAGAGACUGCAAAUACCUAGGCGCUGUAAACCACGUGGAUGUGGGGCCAUACCCCCGAGCAAUCAAAAUCCUGGAGUAA